UCCAGACAUCACUAAGACCGCAACAGAUUUACGUGGAUGAGGCACUCGAUCAUAUAACACAAAUAAACGAGCCUUCCUUCCACAUACCAAAGGAGUAACGUCUGUUUAUUAAUUUUUUAAAUAUGAAAUUCACAGAAACGCGCAAGUGACCUUGGGAAUCGCAGGACUUUUCGGAAGUUUUGAACAUCAAUACGCGUUAGACACGCCACGGAAAAACUCGACAUGAAUGUUUCUCACGGACUACUUAACCGGACGAUCUCCACAGUGAAGCAUCCUCUGGACGCCGGUCGAGGAUGCUGCAACUUCUCGGUGAUCACCAGCGACGGGUUCGGUUCACCGAUCCAGGACGAGCGCGAACAGUUCAUCACGCGUCUGGUGCAGAUAGCGGUGCUCUGCGUGCUCUCGCUGACUGUCAUUUUCGGCAUCUUCUUCCUCGGAUGCAAUCUACUGAUAAAGUCAGAGAGCAUGAUAAACUUGCUGGUGGAGGACAGGAGACCUUCUAAAGACGCGGAAAUUAUUAUGAUCGCUGCAUGAGUGGAGCAGACUGCGUGAUCAUCACCAGUGACUUUCCUUACACAAACUCAUCUCUUCAUGCAUGAAAGUCACCAGCUGGUUUGAGUUUCACACCAGUGCUGAAUGGAUUUUUAUAAAAGGUAGCCUAUAUUUCAUCUUGGAUCUGAAAAACAUUCAUGUUGCAGAUGUAAAAUGUAAAAAGUUUGUCUUACAUGUUUGUCUUCAUGGAGGAACACCGAGGGCAGAGAAAGAUCCAGAUUCAUUACUCCAGGAUGGAUCAGUUGGAAUUGAGAACAAUGUCACUUGUUUUAUACACAUUGGACGAAUUGAUUAAUGUUUGGCAUGUAUCGAAAUGAAUGGAUUUUCAAUGGGUUAAGGAAAUAUGAUUGUAUUAACUUGCAUGCAAAAUAUAUAUUAAAAACUGAUUCAAAUGUUAUGAUUAUGCAUUCAGCAUUUCUGGACUUUUUCAAACAAUGUUUGACAGCAAUGAGCAAAAAACACUCCAAAUUUAUAAACACAGCAUGUAUAUAGUAUAUAUUUGCAAUUAAGAGAAAUUUGAUUUGUGCAUUUGCUUCAUUGAUUAAUAAGAGAUAUUUUUGUGUGUUUAAUAUGAUUGUAAACAUGCAUGCAAAAUGGAUUAAAAACAAAUGCAAAGAUUCUGCAGUCGAAAUG